CGUUCCGUUUUCCCGUUAGCCGAGUCAGCCCUAAAGGCCCCAAAAAAUAACAACUCUAAAAUAACGAUAAAGAAGGACUACAACUCUGCAAGAACUUCCAACCUUGCCAAACCCUAACGGCAACAGAAUGAACCCGAAACAAACCAAACCCUAAUUCACGUCCACAGCAACAGAAACACCCUGAAGAGCACCAAAACAAACCCUAAUUUCCUUCAAAUUUCCCAAAUGCUCGGCAGAAAGACCACCAUUAGUGCUUGAAUUUUCCGUUUUAACCUUGGAUCAUGUCGCUUCCCGGUGACCGCCGGGAAGGUCCCUCUCCGGUUCCCGGCGGAGCAAACGACGUCGCGACGGAAGACGCGAGCCGGCCGGCGACGGUGGCUCAGGUGGUAGCGGCGAGCCAGAGGCUGAGGUUGAACCCGAACAAGGACCACAAGCCCGAAACCUACGAGGACCUGCAACUAGACUUUAGCCCCUCGAUUUUCAGCUCCUUGGAGCCGUACUUGCCCCCGAUCAUGCUCGGCGUGCCCCGAGACGACAAGGUCAAGUUCAUGAGGGAGAUUCUGCACAAGUACUUGCCCAUCGGAGAGCGCAACAGAGUUCAGAAACAUAGGGAAUACAGGCAGAAGAUAAUAUCAAAUUAUCAGCCUUUACAUAGAGAGUUAUACACAAUGCACCCGACAACGUUCUUUGUUCCGUCAUUUCUAAAAGCAAUCAGUGAUAAUUCAGAGGAAAGCUUUAGAAGUAUAAUGUCUGAACCGUCACCUGGUGUUUUUACAUUUGAAAUGCUUCAGCCACGCUUCUGUGAAUUAUUGUUAGCUGAGGUGGAGAAUUUCGAAAAGUGGGUUAAUGAAGCAAAAUUUCGAAUCAUGCGACCAAAUACGAUGAAUAAGUAUGGUGCCGUUCUAGAUGAUUUUGGUCUUGAAACCAUGCUUGACAAGCUUAUGGAGGGUUUUAUUCGUCCUAUAUCCAAGGUUUUCUUUCCUGAAGUUGGUGGAUCAACUCUGGAUUCUCAUCAUGGAUUUGUUGUUGAAUAUGGCAAAGAUAGGGAUGUUGACUUGGGUUUUCAUGUGGAUGACUCAGAGGUAACUUUGAAUGUGUGCUUGGGUAAGCAAUUUUCUGGAGGAGAAUUGUUUUUUCGUGGCACGCGAUGUGACAAACAUGUAAAUACAGGAAGUCAGUCAGAGGAGAUCUUUGAUUAUUCCCAUGUCCCAGGGCGAGGGGUGCUUCAUCGUGGUCGUCACCGCCAUGGUGCCCGAGCUACAACCUCUGGUCAUCGUAUCAACCUACUUCUGUGGUGUAGAAGUUCGGUCUUUAGAGAGAUGAAGAAGUAUCAAAAAGAUUUCGCUAGCUGGUGUGGGGAAUGCUUUCGUGAAAAGAAAGAGAGGCAACGCUUGUCAAUUGCUACUACCAAAUCGGAGUUGCUAAGGAAGGAAGGCGAAUCCACAACAUAAUCUGCUGCAGUUGUAAUCUAUACUGGCUGAUUGUUAAAUUGUGUAGCUCUAGUUCUAGUUUAGACUCCAUAGCAUUCAUGUAGGUGAAACUUGCAGUCCAGUCUGCUUAUUAUUAUUAUUAUUUUUUUUCAUCUUAACUCAGAGUGUGUGUUUGUACAAAGUAUGUGAAGGAAAUGAAAUUUGUGUAGAAGCAUGCAAGAAAUUUUUGUAAAAAUCUCGAAGUGUUCAUCUAAA